UGUUGUAGUUAUUUAUCAUAAGUUAACAUACGAUUUUUUGUAAAAGAUCAUAUAUACUAAUUGUCAUAUCGCAGGUCAUUGAUCGAGCAUAAUUUGACACUUGAACAGUUAAACAUCCAAACUAGUUGAUAUUAAUGUAAUAAUUAAUAUUCGCUAAUAAAAAUACAAUUAAUAGUGUAAUGAGAUUUCUAUUUAACAAAAGGUUUGUAUUUUAAAAUAGUACUCGAUCCGUACAAAACAUCAUAAAGUUCUACAAAGAGCCACAAAAACUCUAUCGGAAUUUAGAAGAAAUAGAAAAAGGGAAAAGUCUAUCAUAUACGGAGUAGUUUCUUCUCUAAUUAGUUUGUCCUUCUUCAAAUCAAAAGCUGCUCAUCAACUCUUAUAGUAAAUAGAGAAAAUGGGAAGAGGAAAAAUUGUGAUAAAAAGGAUAGACAAUUCAACAAGUAGACAAGUAACGUUCUCAAAGCGAAGGAGCGGAUUGCUGAAGAAAGCUCGAGAGUUAUCAAUCUUGUGUGAUGCAGAAGUUGGAGCUAUUGUCUUUUCUAGCACCGGGAAACUCUAUGACUUUGCAAGCACCAACAUGAAAAUGGUGAUAGAAAGAUACAACAAAAUGAAGGAUGAGAGCAACCACCAGCUGUCAUCUGCUGCUUCUGAACUUAAGGUAUCAUGGAUUCAACAAGGCCACAGCUCGGAAACAGCAUGUGAACAACAGUUUUGGCAAAGGGAGGCAACAAACUUGAGGCAACAACUGCAAUAUUUACAAGAAAGCCACAGGAAACUUAUGGGGCAAGAACUUUCAGGUUUAAGCACUAAAGACUUGCAGAACUUGGAAAAUCAAUUGGAAACAAGUCUGAAAAGUGUACGAAUGAAAAAGGACCAACUCCUAUCAGAAGAGAUCAGAGAACUAAACCAAAGGGGAGCUAUUAUUCAUCAAGACAAUAUUGAGCUCUAUAAGCAAUUUAAUCUCGCGCAACAACAAAAUUCAGAACUACAAAAGAAGGUGUUCACAACUGAGGAGAUGAAUCAGAUACAGCAACACCCACACAUGUCAUACAAUGGCAAAAACAAUUAUCACAUGAACUCAGCAAUCAAUCUCCAACUAAGCCAGCCAGAGCAGCAGAAUGAUGAAACAUCUACAAGAAAUAUGAAACUAUGCUUGCAACUGCAUUAGCAAAGCUGGUACUGUACAUCUGUCUGGUGCCACACCAAAGUAAAGCUUAGACGAGAAGUAUAGCGGACAAUUCUAUUUGAAUUGGAUGAUGCAUGUGCUCAUAGAGAAAGAAGCAUUCGAAAACACCUAAAAUUUGUAAUGAACUGGUACAUAGAGCUAAUUUAGUAUAGCAGGUCAAUAACCAACAAUAGCUGCUUGCAAUAAGAAGUAAAUAACAAUAGAUAUGCUUGUUGAAAAAA